AUGAUGGAUGAUAUCAUCAGAUCCAUUUGCCAUAACCUGGCGAACACAGAUAGUAACCUGAGAAAAAGAGCAAUUCGAUCAGUCCGCGAAUUGUUUAAGAAAAACCCAAACUUGGAUGACUUGUCCUUGAGCAAAAUUUGCAAGGGUUUGUACUAUUGCCUCUGGAUGUCAGACGAUCCGAUACAGACACGCAUACUGUCAUUGGAUAUAAUACAACUAUACAAAAGUAUCAGAUUAAAUUCUUCAAAUUUGAAUGGAGUUGAAGAGCCGCUUUUGUUCGACCAUAAUGAAGUGGACAUCCGAUUGAGGUAUUUAAAGUGUUUGAUGGAGACCGUGAGUAGAGAGUGGCUGUUGUUGGAUAAAAACAGAGUGGAUAAAGUAUUGUUGUUUACAAGAAUUUACGUGUCAGAAAUAUUGUACUACAUGCAUGAAUUAAACUGGGACCUUCUGGUCCUGAAUAAACUAAGUGAAAUAUUUCUUAAUAAGAACAUAUUUGGCAGGGACACGUUGGGCCUCCUCGUCCAUGUCAUUCAAGUCUUCACUACCGAGUUAUUGUAUAACUAUGAGCAAUUAAAGGGUUCUGGAGAAGAAACAAAGGAGCCUCCAACAGACUCAGACGAUAACGUUAAUUUUAAUGAAGAUGACUCUAAAAGUAAAAUCAACGCGGUUCACAUGAACCUGUGUAACAACAUAGACAGCGUUAAACUUUUAUACAUUUUAAAACCGUUUAUUUUGAUGUUUGUAACCAGUAAAGACAGUCUGUUGUUAAAGACGAUCUACGAUUAUAUAUUCAAGGAGCUCGAAAAGCUCUCGAAAAUAACAAGCGUGAACCUAAUAGUGCACCUGUUGGAGUCGAUACUAAAUACUUCAGGCGAGACCUCGCCAGGGAAGGAAAUUGAUGUAGUUAAGGGAAUCAACAAGAAAUUUAUCAGAAACACUCUAAAGCUGUACCAAAGUAAUUUGAGUCAGAGUUUGACUCCUGCUGAAAAGCUCCACCUGGAACAGCUUCUCUACUCCAUAUUUACAAUCGCUACCAUGAAUUGUGAAUCCAACGAAUCAUUUAGUGGAAACGAACAGUUAAAUGGGACGAUAUUUUUUAAAGAAGAUUCUGUGGAUUUGAAUAACACUAAAAAGGAGUCACUUGGGAACGAGUAUAUGUUUAGGGCUGAGGACUAUUUGAAUUUAGCCAACAUUAGUACCAGACGUAUGAGUAAGAGUAGGCUUCGGAAUAUCCACAUACUCAACAGCACCAAGAGUUAUCUUCUCAAGCUAAAGGUGACGGAUGAUGAAAGCAGGAGGUUUCUCCAGAAACUUGACGACACUCGAGUCAAGAAUCAGCUUUUCUACUACUCUCUGAUCAGGCUUAGGAGGCUGAAGUUGCUUCACAAGUUUAAGACUAAUAACCUCAACAAGAUUUAUAACUUGAGCAGGAAGAAACGCUCCAACUUCAACAUUAACUUGAAACAGGCUUUGGAUAACAUAAAGUACGUGAAACCUGUAAAAUCAUCUCUCCGGGAACGAACCACCAGUGACCGGAAAGUUAAAAGGAAGAAGAAGAAAGUUGUUUUCAACCUCAAGAAAAACCAAGUUACAAACAUCCCGAGCCGUAAGAAAAAGAACUACGCACCUCUUUCAUUAUUUGUAAGUUCAUUCUCACUUACAUAUUACAAUAUUUAUAUUAUCUACCAUUAUAUUUAA